GAAAAAUGAUCAUUUUAUAGUGUAGCCUACAACGGUCACUCUUAAAAGUAUUUCGGCAAAACAAAACACAUUUUUACAGAAAACACGCUAUAACUUUAAUAAUAUUGAUUAGAAAUGUCGGAAACUAGCUCCAAGGAUAAUGUCAAAACGGCAAUGACCUAUAUUUGCGGAGAAUGCCAUCAUGAAAACGAGAUGCGUCCCAGGGAUCCGAUUCGUUGUCGCGAGUGUGGCUAUCGUAUCAUGUACAAAAAACGCACCAAGCGUCUUGUUGUCUUUGAUGCCCGGUAAAAUAAAAACCUGAAAACCUAUGGAGACCCGUCUAAACAAUACUUUUAAGCAGUUAGUUGGUAAAAGAAAGCGUGUGCUUCAAUAAAUGUCGUAACCCCAAAAACAA